AUGGGAACCACCAGUCCCAAGAGCCCCAAGAGCCCUAAGAGCAAGGAAGCCUCUAGCUCACCACCGCCCGAUGCUUCGGGUCCGGGGCCAGCACCGCUCAGCAUCGAGGAACAAGAAGCGGCUGGUCUUCUUCCUGCGUCACACUGGCAGCAGCAGGCAUUCGCCGAAGAUCCCGAAGAUGAUGGUGCCUCGACAAUUUCAUCCUUCGCCUCGACGACCGCUUCCCUAAGCUCAAGCAUCUACCACUAUCGGACCAUCCAUGGAAGAACUUAUCAUGGCGAUAUUGGCAAUGCUGAAUCCUGGCAGCCCAAUGAUCAGCGUCAUGUUGAAGCCAUGGAGAUCGGGUAA